UUGAAGAUUUUACCACACUACUAUGUACCUACAUAAAUAAUAAGCUCACCUCCCAUAAAGCUCUCUCCUAAUACCUACAUUACUUGGUACAUACGUAUCUGCCUACGUACUUGUUCCCCUCCCAUUAGGUAGGUAUCUUAUUAGCAAAACCUCAUCAUCAUCAUGGCGCGAACAAAGCCCCCCCGCGGUACCCCCUCCCAGCCCGCCGCCGUCGUGCCACCCCCCAAGACCCAGCGUCGUCCGCUCAACGGGCUCUUCGCGCUCUCGUUCGCGGGGCUGUCGGCCCUGUCGGCCUGGCUGAUGCGCGUGGAGACCGUGGUCCAGGGCGUGCCGGUCAACUUCCAGUCCGUCGUCGAGGCGCGCCGCUUCGGCAACGGCACCCCCCUCGAGACGCGCUUCACGGGCGUCGGCCCCGUCGAUGAGGUCCUCGCCUUCCUCGUCGUCGCGUUCCUCGAGGGCUCCGCGCGCUGGGACCCCGGCGUCCACGCCCAGCAGGCGUAUUUCCUCCUGCAGUGGUUCGCCGUCGUGUGCGUCUGGGGCGUCGAGGCUAGUCGGAGGAGGAAUGCUUGGAAGGCUGUUAGCUUCAUUGGUUUCACUGCUUUUCUGUACCAGCUCACCGGGGCGGCGGUCAUUGCACCCCUGUAUUACUUGGCGUAUGUGGUCACCUCCAGGGAUGACGCGUAUUUCUUCCAGGGCCGAGAGUUAUCCGCCGGCCGUGCGGUGUCGCUGCUUCCCGCCGUAAUUAUUGGUUACCUCAUCCCAACUGUCGCCGUGUAUUACCCAUGGGACGACGCCAAAAGAGCGCAGUACCUGACGGCGUUGUGGCAGCCCGCCCCUAUCAUCGUCAGCGUGCUGAUCUCCGUUUUCUCCUUCCUCGUGCCUUCGUCUUCUCCAACUGCGGUCGCCAAGAACGGCGAUGUCAAACACCUCAAGCGGGUGUACCUGACCGCCGGACUCGUAGCGGCCAUCGCCCAUGUCGGCUUGCUUUACACUUGUCUCACAUCGGACGACCCGAGGCUCUCGCUCAGUUAUGUGUUCCUACCGAAUAGAGCCACUUGGAAGGACAGCAUGGGCCUGGGAUUGCAUUAUAUCUUCCAAGUUGACUUCCUCGGCGCAUUUGGCUCCACACUGUUCUGGUGCUGGCUUGUUACCUACGAUGUUCUGCGGAUACUCGGAAAGCCCACCGCGACAGACUUAAUCAAGGCAGUGCUAGGCAUUGCGUUUGCUACGGUUGUAGCCGGCCCGGGUACGACAAUUAUUUUGGUUUGGAACUGGGUGGAGGAUAGGCUUGUUAUGAUCGAGAACGGCGUUAAGGGGACUUGGGAAAAGCCGAAGGCUGCGUAGAAAUCGGGUCAUUUCCGUAUACCUUGAAUUUUGAAAAACGCAUCAACCUCAACGUACAACUUAUCAACCUUGGGUACCUGAAUCCCAACGCAUACCGUUUAUAUCGUUUCGUAGAAUCUAAUCCAGCGGGAAUGGAAGUCACUACUUCCAACGUGAUAAUUCCCAUCGAGAAAUAUAGAACACGUUAGGCACCUAUUCAUAGAAAA